AUUCCCUUUCUCCGUCUUCUUCACAUCGGCACUUGCAUCUCCUCCUCGUCCUCGCCUUCUUCCUCCAAGGCCAAGCUUUUCUCUGUAUAUUCUUAUAAUCGGGUUCCUGAGUUUCGAUUUUUUUUGCUCUUUCAUCUCUUCCUAGGGUUUAUGUUUCUAUAGAUUCAUCCCGAUUCGGAAAAUCUGCUUGGACAUUCACUUUUUGCAUCCUUCAAUUCUAAAUUUGUGGCCGGAAACCAACGCUUUCUCUGUGCUGGAGCUGUGUUUAUGUGAAAAGGCGCUCUUCGGGAGUUCGUGUGGGGUUUUUUUUGAAUGGUACAGGAACAACACAAAGAUCUGCGAAUUUGCUUUGAGGAGAUUUCGAUUUGUGGGCUUCGUGAUGGAUGUUGAUUUUGAUGGAGAUGUGAGGAAUCUUGAUGCUGAGCUCCUGCAGCUCUCAGAGGUGUCUCCUAUGGCUAUCAAAGCAAACCCUCAUAUCCCAGAGAAGCUCUUUGAUCAAUGGCUGUCGCUUCCAGACACAGUUUCAUUGGUAAAAUCUUUGGUUAACAAUGCCAAGGGUGGUGGCCCUCUCAACGUCUCUGGAACAUCUAGCAGUAGUGCUGCCAUGAGCAAUUCUUUGCCAUCUAUGUUUCCUGCUGGAAGCACACCUCCACUUUCACCAAGAAGUUCAUCGGGUUCACCCAGAACAAUGAAGCACAGGGCAGGUCCAUCUCAGUUAGGCUCUCCUCUGAAAUUAGUGAAUGAACCAGUUAAAGAGAUGAUACCUCAGUUCUACUUUCAAAAUGGCCCUCCACCUCCGGCUGAAUUGAAGGAAAGGUGCUUGUUUAGGAUCAACCAGUUUUUCUAUGGUCACAUGGAUGGAAUACAUAUGCAUGAAUUUAAGUUGAUUACAAAAGAAAUAUGCAAGCUCCCAUCAUUCUUUUCCACUGCUCUGUUUAAGAAGAUUGAUGGUGGUUGCGGUGGAAUUGUUACCAGGGAUGCCUUUGCUGAUUAUUGGGUCAACAGCAAUAUGUUGACCAAGGAUAUAGUAACCCAAAUUUUCUCUGUCCUAAAGCAGCCGGAUUUGAAGUAUCUGACACAGGAGGACUUCAAACCUGUGCUUAGAGAACUUUUGGCUACUCAUCCGGGGUUGGAGUUCUUACAGAGUACACCUGAAUUUCAAGAAAGAUAUGCUGAAACUGUUAUAUACAGAAUAUUUUACUAUGUGAAUAGAUCGGGUAAUGGCUGCCUUACACUUAGAGAACUGAAACGUUCGGACCUAGUUUCUGCAAUGCUACAUGCAGAUGAAGAAGAGGAUAUCAACAAGGUCUUAAGGUUCUUUUCUUAUGAACAUUUUUACGUGAUAUAUUGCAAGUUUUGGGAACUGGAUACAGAUCAUGAUUUUCUGAUUGAUAAAGAGAACCUUAUUAGAUAUGGUAACCAUGCUCUUACUUAUCGGAUUGUUGAUAGAAUAUUCUCUCAGGUUCCUAGAAAGUUCACUAGUAAGGUUGAAGGAAAGAUGAGUUAUGAAGAUUUUGUGUACUUCAUAUUGUCAGAAGAGGAUAAGUCUUCAGAGCCUAGUCUAGAGUACUGGUUUAAGUGCAUAGAUUUGGAUGGGAAUGGGGUUCUAACCAGGAACGAAAUGCAGUUCUUCUACGAGGAACAAUUGCAUAGAAUGGAAUGCAUGGCCCAAGAGCCGGUUCUCUUUGAGGAUAUUUUGUGCCAGAUUGUCGACAUGAUUAGUCCCGAGGAUGAAAGCUAUGUUACAUUACGCGACUUGAAGGGAAGCAAACUGUCGGGCAGUGUUUUUAACAUACUUUUUAACCUCAAUAAAUUCAUGGCAUUUGAAACUCGUGAUCCUUUCCUAAUUCGUCAGGAGCGUGAGAAUCCAAGUUUGACUGAGUGGGACCGCUUUGCCCAUAGAGAAUAUAUUAGGCUUUCAAUGGAGGAAGACGCAGAAGAUGCCUCCAAUGGAAGUGCUGAUGUCUGGGAUGAAUCGCUCGAGGCUCCCUUUUGAGUUUAAUUAUGUGAUAUGGAAGGUGAUUUUUAGGGUAUUUUAUUUGGCGUGGUGGCUUUUGAACAGCGGAGGACAAUUUUGCACAGCAAAGCCAUGGCCCAUGGGAUUAACCAACGUGUGUCUCGUUCCAGGAAGAACAAACAAGUGGGGUGUUUUUUUCUGGGAUGGCUAGAAGGAUUUUUGUUGCAUCUGCAUAAAAAAGCUUGGUUGCCAAGUCAAACAUCAGUUCUACUAGUACAGAAGCUUCUUCUUCUUCUUCUGACUUAAAAAAACAAGUGUCUUGGCAGAUUAUGCCAAAACAUGAUUCACAAGCUCUAGCACUUCUUUCUUUCUUUCUCUAGCUAGUUGUAAGGAAUUGUGAUUAGAAAUUAUUUGUUCCUAGAUAAAACAUUAGUGUUUCCCCCCCCUUAUUUCUUUACAUUCUCAACAAAAAUGUUUUCCCCCCCUUUCCCAGGAUGAUCAGUGCUCAGGCGCAGUGUUUUCUCUUUCUCUCUUUCAUGGCCUCUUGGCUCUUGCUGUGUUCAAUAUCUAUAUGUGAUGUGGAGCUUUGUAAUGGUGUUUUUAAUCUGUGUAAUUACUACUAAUUACUAGUGAGUUUAACCCAUAAGUCGUAUUAUUAGUGUUAAAGGGCAGUGUAAAUGGACUUUAAUUAGCACUAAAUGGACGGAUGGGAU